AAGUAAAAGGCCCAAAACAUUCAGCCGAAAAUUCAACCCAACAACAAAGUUGGAGUCAAAAAUCAGAUAUCCGACUGUGAGCACUCCAACUCGUCGUCCUCUCAAUAUCGGCCAUUGACGACGUUAAGAAUCGAAGAUUUUGAAAACGCCGUCCUACCAAGAAUUCCUGAUCGAAUUACAGGUUGCUUUGAUUGUCUUUUCAGUGAUUUUUCUUCUUCUAGAUUGUUGGAAUUUUAUCUCAGUAUAUUACUUUGGACCUGCAAGUUGGAGUAUAUAAUUUUUUAUUGAGGUGCUUGUAAAUUUCCAUAGCCAUGAGUUUUGUUUUCCGGGGAACAAGAUCAGAUAUAGAAAGUGGAUUUACUGGAUUUGUACCUGAGCGGCGUCCAAUGCGUCUACAUUCAGCACGUCCAGUCAAUUCAAAUUCUCUUGCCUUCCUUGUUACAGUUUUAUUGCUAUUCAUGAUUCUAAACUCACACCAGAUGUCCCCUAAUUUUCUGCUAUGGCUUGUGCUUGGUGUCUUUUUGAUGGCCACAACGCUAAGGAUGUAUGCAACUUGCCAGCAACUUCAAGCUCAAGCCCAAGCUCAUGCUGCAGCAGCUGGUGGUCUUCUUGGUCAUACUGAAUUGCGGUUGCAUAUACCACCAUCUAUCUCACUAGCAACACGAGGACGACUGCAGGGCCUAAGGCUUCAACUUGCACUACUUGACCGCGAAUUUGAUGACUUAGUAACAGAUUACGAGACUUUGAGAGCGCUAGAUGCAGAUAAUGCUCCAACAGCUCAUUCUAUGACGGAGGAAGAGAUAAAUGCUCUUCCUGUCCAUAAAUACAAGGUUGCUGAUCUACAAAGUAGUGCCUCAUCUAUGCAACAGGCCUCAUCGUCAGCAUCUGCUGAGCAGAAACAAGGAUCUAAUGAUGCAGUUGUGAACCCCAAGGCCUCAGAAGAUGAACUGACUUGCAGUGUUUGCCUGGAGCAAGUAAAUGUUGGAGAAGUCCUUCGAAGCUUGCCGUGCUUGCAUCAGUUCCAUGCUAAUUGUAUUGAUCCUUGGCUGAGGCAGCAAGGAACUUGUCCUGUUUGUAAAUUCAAGGCAGGAUCUGUGUGGCAGGAAAGUGGAGAAGGUGAAGUGGAUGCUUCUUUUAUGGUUUAGUUUUCUUGAGUAUAUGUUAAUUAUAAUGAAUAUACCCGCCUAUAAGCUUUAUGUGACUUCUAUACAACAUGGCGCAAGGAUUGAGUCAUCGACAACAGUUUCUUGUAACUAAUCUUUAGAUAUUGACACAUUUUAGGAAAAAGAAUUGACACUAUACGCUUGUACUUGCUUCUAGCUCAAACAUAUUUUGGUACCUUUCAGUAAAUAUGAGACCAUGGUUUCGAUUAUUACAAA